ACAUUUGUAUUUGUACAUAGCCACCCUUUCUUGCCCCUCCUACGUGCAUUUGAGAUUCCCCUUACUUUCCCCUCUUCAAUCCCUCAAUUUCAGCUUAAAGAAUCUUUGAGUUUUAACUCUCACCCCAAUCCCUUAAACCUCGGUUUCUCUUCAAAGGGACUCAAUUUUCUUGUAUUUUUUCCCCUUUCUUGAACUCCUAGAUUUGCAGGCUCCCUUCCCAAUAUAUAUUUUUUUCAUAUUUGUUUGUGCAUGUGCGUGUCUAAUGGCUAACAUGAUUGGAACACAAAAAAAUGGGUCUCAACAGAGCCAUGGUUCAACUUCUUACAAUGGAAAUUCUGUGCAUGGAUUGGAGGGUGCCAUCCCCACGUUUCAGCACCAACAGACAAUCUCUAUGGACUGGACACCGGAAGAUCAAGCUACUCUGGAAGAAGGACUUGCCAAUUAUGCUUCUGAGUCGAACAUUAUCCGCUAUGCAAAGAUUGCAGUGCAGCUGAAAAAUAAGACAGUCCGUGAUGUGGCAUUACGCUGCCGAUGGAUGACUAAGAAAGAAAUUAGCAAGAGAAGGAAGGAAGAUUUUAAUGCCACAAGGAAAAGUAAAGAUAAAAAGUUACUUUCUCAGGAUAAGUUCGUCGAUCCUCUAGCAAAGCCAUCUCUUCUGGGGGAGCAGCCGAGUUUACUUCAUGCUUCAGGAAUGAUUAACAAUAACAAUGGGGAUAGCAUCUUGUAUAAUGGCAUUGAUGGUGUAACUCGACUACUUCUUCAGGAGAACAUUUGGGCUUUCGAACAGAUAUCUGCAAAUUUUAACACUCAUCAGUUACAUGAGAACAUCAGUCUACUGCGUCAAGCUCGAGAUAACAUCUUCAAAAUCAUGAACAACUUGAACAACAUGACUCCAACAAUGAAGAUGAUGCCUCCACUUCCUAAAUUGAAUGAAGAGCUAGCCAACUCCAUUCUCGAUGCGACGAUAAUCCAGUCAUCGAAGAAGGUCGAUUAUUAUCUAGCUAGCUAGUUUACUGAAUUCUCGAAAAGUUACAAAGUGUAAAAGAAUUGUCAAUUAAAUAGCUUCAUAAGAUGAUGGGACUCUAAUGAUACUUCUUUUCUUGUUUGGUUGUACAACUUAUCUUUGUUACAUUUUGAGUGGUAGAGGAAUGUGUUUUUAAAUUUA